AUGUCCAGGACACGCGAGGCGAGCGGCGCCUCCACGCCCUCCCUUUCCCAAAACACCACCUCCGUACAGGUCGCCGUGCGCAUCCGUCCUGUCACCUCGGCAGACCACAACAACAUACCGCCACGAUGGCAAAAGAACAUCCUCACCCCCACUUCCGCCAACAGCGUCACCGUCGAACCCGGCUCAGCACCACCAGCGGCUCCAUCCAGCGCAGCAACCGCCUCCUCCUCGUCCUCUUCCACCCAGUCCCGCGAUAAGCGCCAGGCAUUCAGCUUCGACCGCGUAUUCUCCCCCGCAGAUGGUCAGCCACAGAUCUUCACCGUCGCAGAACCCUUGAUCGACCGCUUCAUGGAAGGCUACAACGUCACCAUCCUCGCAUACGGUCAGACCUCCAGCGGCAAGUCCUACACCAUGGGCACCGCUGCAGGCGACGACAUCGACUACGAACCCCUCGUCGCAGGUCGCGCUCCAGACCCGCAGAUGGGCAUCAUCCCACGCGCAGUCGCACGCAUCUUCGCCGCCAUGCGCAACAACAAGUCGUCCGCCAUCCAGUACACCGCCAAAGUGAGCUUCAUCGAGAUCUACAACGAAGACCUCAUCGACCUCCUCGGCGACGCGAUCGACGGCGACGCCCGUCCGCACGUACAGAUCCGCGAGGGCAAGAACGGUCAGAUCAUCUGGAGCGGCCUCCGCGAGCUCAAGGUCAACAACGUUGCCGAGGUCAUGAACCACCUCCUCCAGGGCAGCUCCGUACGCAGGACCAACGAGACCGACAUGAACGCACAGUCCUCCCGCUCCCAUGCCAUCUUCUCCAUCACUCUCACGCAAAAGAAGUGGCAUGGCUCCGGCCCGCCUCCCAACUCGGCGCCCCCCUCCAGCUUCGGCGCCGGCGGAAGGAGCACCCCCGCAGGCCGCUCCGUCUCGAGCCUCUCGCGUGCCUCGGGCAUCCCCAUGGCCGGUCGCGUCGCCUCGCCCUCCUUUGGCCGCAGGACGCCAAGCGGCAUCCCAGGCCUCAGCGGUCGCGCCUCCUCCGCCGGCCUCCGUCCUGCCAGCGUAGCCGGCGGCGAUGUCGGCGCCGACGACUCGGCCACCGCUACCACAGACGGUGAGUGGAUCACUGUCACCAGCAAAUUCCACUUUGUCGAUCUCGCAGGCUCGGAACGCCUCAAGCGCACCGCCGCACAGGGCGAUCGCGUCAAGGAGGGCAUCUCCAUCAACUCGGGCCUCCACGCGCUCGGAAACGUCAUCUCGGCGCUCGGCGACCCGGCAAAGGCAAGGCGCGCCACCCACAUCCCCUACCGCGACAGCAAGCUCACCCGCCUCCUCCAGGACAGCCUCGGCGGCAACGCACAUACGCUCAUGAUCGCCUGCGUCUCGCCAACAGAGUACAACGUCAGCGAAACCGUAAACACGCUCCAGUACGCAAACCGCGCGCGCAACAUCAAGAACAAGGCAGAGCUCAACGAGGUCGAGGUCGGCUGGGACGACAUCGACUACCUCCAAACCCUCGUCCAGCGUCUGCGCAAGGAGCUCAGCCUCAUCAAGGGCCUCGGCAAGGGCCAAAUCGACCUCGACGACCCGCGCAACAAGGACGCAACCCGCUCUACGCAGCGCGAGAUUCUGGCGUGGCAGGACAAGUACGCCUCCUUGAGUCAGAAGCACUCCCAGAUCACCGCAGAAGUAACCCAGCUCCGCACGCAGCUCGAUCCGUCCAAACAAGACGGCACCGAGCAGGACUUCUUCCGCGCCGCAGAACCCAUCAUCGUCGAGUACGAAAAGUCCAUCGACGCGCUCGAGGGCCAGCUCAACCUCACCAAGGCCGCGCUCGCCUACGUCGAAGACAUUGCCAACGAGCGCGAGGCUCAGAUCGAACAGCAGAGCUCCCAGCUCGAGAUCAUCGCCACCGAGCUCGAGGACAAGGAGAACUCGCUCGCAGACCUCCAGUCGCGCCUCACCAAGCUGCAGGAGCGCGAGUCGUCGGCAAACACGUAUGCGCGCGAGCUCGAGGCGCGACUCGAGACCAUCGGCGAGCGCGGCGACACCGACUCGGCCACGCUCGCCGAACUCAACAAGGAGAUCGCGCGCCUCAGAGAGGUCGAGUCGAGUUCCGAGCAGUACAUCCGCGAUCUCGAGGCCAGGAUCGCCGCGAGCGAAGAGUCGGCGAGCAGCCUCGCGCGCAAGGUGGCCCAGAUGGAGGCCGAUGCCGAGAAGCGCGACGACGAGUACCGCAACCUGCUCUCGCGCUUCGAACUGCUCGACAACGGCAAGGAGACCCAGGCCAUGGCCGCAGAGCUCGAGGCAAAGCACGCAGAGCUCGCCCGCCUCGAGACGAGCCUCGCCGAUGCGACCGCCAAGCAUGACAGCCUUGCCGAGCGCUUCGACAGCCUUACUGGCCAGCACGACCAGCUCGCCAGGGCGGCGCACGACCACGAGCAGCAGAAGCAGUUUCUCUCGCACCAGAUCAAGACGCUCCAGCUCGCAGCGGCAGCGGCAAACGCGAGCACCGACACGCCUGCCGUUAGCGAGGACACGCACAGCAGCACAGACAAGGCCGCAGCGACGCUCGAGCAGCGUCUGCUCGAUCUGCACGAGGAGAUGCGCGCGGUGCGCGACUCCGAGUCGAGCAUCCGCGCCGAGCUCGAGCUGACCAAGCAGAAAUACAACGAGUCGCUCGCCGACAUCAACGAGCUCAACUCGCAGCUGACCGAGAUCAAGCUCAACGGCGGUGUGCCCGCACACCUGGACGACGACUCGUUCAAGCUCGACAAGGAUGCAGGUGGCGACGACGAGCAGGUCGAGGUGCUCGACUCGCGCGGCGAUGAGAAUCGGCCGCCACAGACGCCCGGGCGCGGCAGUAGCUCGCAACGCGGCCUCUCGAGCCGCCGAGCGAGCCUGCUGCUCGACACGACCAACCGCCAGUCGCCCAGUCCAUCGAACCGCCUCACGCGCCGCUCCUCGGGCUCUUUUUUAGGCUACAACAAGAGCGACGGCACCCGGUCCACAGCCAUCUCGCCGCUCGCUCACACGCGCACGCGCUCCAUCUCGCAGUCUUCGUCGCUGGAUUUUGCGUCGGCCUUGCCCUCGCAGCUGGCACAGACGCGCGGGCCCAGACCGCUCUCGCUCACGGGAUCCGUUCCGCCCUCGCCUACCUUGCGCGCGUUCGAGCCCGAUUCGGCGGCGAACUAUGAGCGCAAGGUGGCGUCGCUCGAAAAGGAGACCAUGCGGUUGCAGGAGGCGCUCAAGGAGCGUGAUGACGAGAUCCAGGCGCUCGAGUCGACGCUGCGCAGCCGAAAGGACGAGAAUGGCGACCAACAGUUGUUGGAGGUGCCCGCAGCGGCGGUGGGCGUGGAGGCGGGCGCGCUCACGCCUGCGACCGAGAAGGAUCUCGAGGCGAUAAGACGCGUCAUGGCCGAGGGGGCAGCGAGCGAUACGGCGACGGCCGAGAGCGGCACGCAGAUGCUCGAUGAUCUCAUGCGCUCCAUGGCGCGCAAGGAGACGCAGCACCGCGAGAGCGUCGAGACCAUCUCCGCCGAGCUUGACGCGGUCAAGAAGCACAACGAGACGCUCGAGGCGCUCUCGCGCGACCAGAUGGCCAACAUGUCGCUCGAGAUCCAGCAGCUGCGCGCACAGCUCGCCGCCAAGCAUGCGGAGGUGGAUGGUGGCGUGCCCACGUCGAGCGCGAGCAACCGCAGCCUCGCCGACGAGCUAGAGGCUGCCGAGCUCGAGCGUGUCCGGGAGCAACAUGCUGCCGAGGUGGAAGAGCUCAAGCAGCAGCACGCCAAGAAGCUGCAGGAGGCGGCGGAGCAGCAUGCGUCGGCGCUCGGCAGCAGUGCGGAUGCGACGGCGGAGCUGGAAGCUGUUCGCAAGCAGCACGGUGUCGAACUCGCGCGCUCCAGGGAGGGAGCGGAUGCUGCCGCCGCCCGACAUGCGGCGUCGCUCAAGCAGGCGAUGCAGGAGCACGCGGCGCAGAUCGAGGCGCUGCACGCCAGCCAUGCCAAGACGGUGGAGGCGGCGACGAUGGAGCUCGAGGCGCAGCAUGCGUCUGCGCUUGCGCUGGCGGUGCGCGAGGCCGAGGCGGCGGCGCUCGCGCGGCACACGGCCGAGCUCGACGCCAGGGUGUCGGCGCUGCAGAGCGAGCAUGGCGCCAAGCUGGAGCGUGCGCUGCUGGAUGUGCAGGUGGCGAGCGGCGACCGCGACGAGAUGCGGCAGGCGUACGAGGAGCUGCACACCAAGCACGUGGCGCUGGCGAGCAAGGUUGAUAUCGACCCGCACGAGGUGGAGACGCUGCGUGCGGAGCUCAACGAUACCAGCGAUGCGCUCGUCACGCUCGAGGCGGCGUUGACCGAGGCGCAGGAGGAGCGCGACCAGCUGCUCAUCGAGAUCGAGACGAUGCGCCAGGAGAGCGAGGCGCAGCAGGAUGCGUCGGCAGUGGCGGCGACGCCAAACGGCGCGGCGGCGGAUGCGGCGCUGAGGCGCGAGCUCGAGGCACACAGGUCGACGCUGAGCAAGACGCGCGGCGAGAUGAGCAAGCUCAAGGCGGAGCUGGCGGCGGCGCGCGACGAGUGUGUGCGGCACGAGGCGGGGGUCAAGGAGCUGCAGCUGCGGCUGGCGACGUCCGAGACGCGCUCGGUGCGCUCGCACGGCAGCGGGAGCUUCGGGCAGCAGAGUCAGAGCGAGCACGAUGCGGCGGCAGCGGCGGCGGCGGCGAUUGCCAUGACCAACGGCGCGCGUUCGCCGGUGAAUGGCCGGCGCACCUCGGACUACGAGCCGGGCAUGCUGGAUCUGCGAAGCCACCGACCGAGUCUGGGGUCGGUCAAGCCUCCGCCGCCGACGCCGCCGCCCAACAUGCCGCCGCCUCCGACGCCGGCAGGUGCGGCGGGGGUGCGUACGUCGGUGGGCGUGCGCACCUCGACGUCGUCGCACAUGACGCGGCCCGAGUCGCCGUCCAACGCCAACGGCGGUGCGGGGAUGAUGACGCGCUCGUCGUCAGUGACGUCCAUCCACAGCCCCGCUGCUUCGGGCCUAGGUGCGGACGUGAAGCUGACGCGGCUGUUGAGCGAGCAGGCGGACGAGAUCAAGAACCUGGCCAAGCAGCUCAACCACUGCGAAGCCGACCUGCAGGCGAACAUUGAUCUGGUGGCGACGCUCGAGGCGGCGCUGAACGACAGCGAGCGCAAUCUGCGCAAGAGCCGGGUGCAGCUGGCCGAAGUCACGCGCGAGCGCGAGCGCUACGCUGCCGAAGCGAACGCGAUGCGCACGCAGCUCAACUCGGCGCAGAGCGAGGUGGAGAAUGUGCGCCACAGCGUGCUGCUCGAAAAGCAGGGCUACGAGUCCAAGAUCGAGGAGGAACGUCAGGCGAAAGAGCGGGCGAGGAAGGCGUUGGAGGCGAGACUGGAGGAGGUGAGCAAGCGAAAGAGCAACAAGCUGUUCUGUCUGUAA